AUGUCUUUAACUUCAAGUCGUGUCCGUCAAUUAAAAAAAGCUCGUGAAGCACAAGCUAAAAAGUUGGAGGCGAAAAAAAAUGACAAAAAAAGAAAAAUCAAUGAGGUUAUAAAUGAAAUAUAUGAGACAAAUCUUGACUUAAAUUUGGUGACAAAACUACCAAAAUUAAGCAAAGAACAAACUCAAUUAAUUUUUUCAGUUCAACAAUUAUCCGAAGAAGAACUCAACGUUCACAACAAGUCACAGAUACAACCUUUCAAAAAAAAGCUAAAAUCUAUUUUUCAAGCAAAUAAGCGAGAGUAUGCAUCUAAUACUAUUUGGCUUGCAACCAGUAUUUCACAAAUUGGUCAGAUAUCAUUACGUUCUACAGUAGAAUGUAUGCAACAAGAUAUUUCUACAUUACAUACUAAUGCUCAAAUUCAUCAGGCAAUUAUGGCACCAUCAUUUGGAGUCUUAGUUGACAAAUCUACAUGA